AAAUACCUGGAUAUAAAUUUAUUUCGAACCACCGCGAUAGCAAGUCCGCCGGUGGAGCAGGUCUUUAUUUACUUGACGAUUUAGAAUACAAAUUAUGCCGCGAUUGUAAUUAUUCUGAACCUGAAGUGAUCGAAACUCUUUUUGUUGAAAUUAACAUUCCCAAUGGGAAAAAUAUUAUAGUUGGUACUGUUUAUCGUCCGCCUAAUUAUAACACUCGGGACUUUUUGGACAAAUUUAAUGAGAUUCUUGCUAAAAUAACUAGAAAUGAC